CGCUAGAAGAAUGUUAAUAUUAGAAAGCUUAGAAAAUCCUAAAAAAUCAGGGCGACACCAGCAGCCGCUCCCCCGCCUUCAUCAGGGCCGCCGCAUCCUUGUGCCGCAGCAGCUGCCAUGGGCUCCCGGCACUUCCCGGCACGGACCGUGCUCUUCGAGAAGGAAUCCAGCGGUGUCACCUACCGUGUGCCCGCCCUGCUCUACCUGCCCUGCGUGGCCAAGCUGCUGGCGUUCGCCGAGGAGCGCCUCAGCGCCGACGAUGCCCACGCCAACCUGCUGGUGCUGCGCCGCGGCUCCGUCUACGGCAGCUACGUGCAGUGGGAAGACAUGCGUGUGCUGGAGACAGCAACGCUGCAGCACCACCGCUCCAUGAACCCCUGCCCGCUCUACGAUGAGUUCACGGGCACCCUCUUCCUCUUCUUCAUCACCGUGCUGGGCAGGACGCCCGAAGCCUACCAGAUUGUCACUGGCCAAAAUGUCACCCGCCUGUGCUGUGUCACCAGCGCUGACCAGGGCCUGAGCUGGAGCACGGCCACAGACCUGACACAGCAGGUGAUUGGUGCCACCAUCAAAGACUGGGCGACGUUCGCGCUGGGCCCCGGGCACGGGAUCCAGCUGCGCUCGGGCCGGCUGCUGGUGCCCGCCUACAGCUACCACAUCGACUGCAAGGAGUGCUUCGGGCAGCUCUGCAAGACCACCCCGCACUCCUUCGCCUUCUACAGCGACGACCACGGCCGCGCCUGGCGCUUCGGGGAGUUCAUCCCCAACCUGCAGUCGGGCGAGUGCCAGCUGGUGUCCGUGGAUGAGGAGGACGGCUCCAACGUCCUCUACUGCAACGCGCGCAGCCCGCUGGGCUUCAGGGUGCAGGCGCUGAGCACGGACGACGGGGCCGUGUUCCACGGGGGGCAGCUGGUGCAGCGGCUGGUGGAGCCGCCCCACGGCUGCCACGGCAGCGUCAUCGGCUUCCCCGCGCCGCUCGUGUACGUCCCUGCUGCCUCCCGGGACACCGGGAUGCCCUCCCGGGGCUCGGGGCGCCGCCUGCUCCCCGGGGCGCUCCGGGCGCUUGGGCACCCGCCCACCCGGCAGGGGGACUCUGCGGCGAGCCCCAGCCCCGCUCCCUUCUUCCAAGCGCCAACGUGGAUCCUGUACUCGCACCCCACCAGCCCCAUGUCCAGGGUGAACAUGGGCGUUCACCUGAGCACCUUCCCCAGGGACGCCGAGAGCUGGACAGAGCCCUGGGUCAUCUACGAGGGCCCGAGCGCCUACUCGGACCUGGCGUACCUGGAGCUGCCGCAGCGGGAGGCGCCCGUGGCCGGCGGCACCGCCGCCGCCUUCGCCUGCCUUUACGAGAACGGCGUGAGGUCUCCCUACGAGCAGAUCUCCUUCAGCAUGUUCACGCUGCACGAUGUGCUCCAGAACAUCCCCCUGACAGCCGCUGCUCCCCCCCGGCCCCGCGGCGGGAGGAGGAGGAGGAGGAGGAGGAGCUGCUUCAUCUCCUAGAGCCCGCCUAGGUCAGCUCCCCCAUCACCACCACCCCAGUGCUGGAUCCUGGAGCAUCCGCCCCUCGGCUGGGUCCUGCCACCGUCCAGCACGGCCCCAGCACACGGAGGUGUCA